CCGAUUUCUGUACCGGAAACAGGUCUUUUUGACGAAGACAAACUUCCUCGGUUGGAGUAUUUUUUGGCGCUGGACGGUGAACGAAGCGAGAAGAAGAAAAAAGCAUGCAGCGGUGACGCAACAGCAGUUAAAAUAUGCUUGAUGGUCGGUGCCAUUCUUAAUACCUGACUGGGAACGCUCACUCUUAUUACUUACGAACAUUUGCAUACGAUCGAUUACUUUCCCGGCGACAACAUGAUGCUAAUCAAGAGCUUCUUCCGGAGGAUCAUCAAAGACUUCCGGCAUAAGGAGUUGCUCCCUCUUAAAAUGAUAUUCUUCGUUCAAGCGUCCACGCUCUAUGUACUUUACCCGUAUCUGACUAUCCACAUGAGGGAGCUCGGUAUAAACGUGGAGGAGACCGCUAUAAUGAGCGCCAUAACUCCGGUGAUCGCUAUGGUGAUGCCACCCCUUGCAGGGAUGUUCGCCGAUCGUGUGGGCAAUUUCAAAAUACUACUGUCCCUGUUCUCGUCGUUCGGCGGAGUCGCAGCACUUCUGUUGCUGCUCGUCCCGAUCGGCAGGAUAACCGUACAGUUUCCUGACAGAGUCGUCAUGGACCUCGGUUGCACAGGGAACAACGGGCUGCUUUACACCAUGAGUCAAAACCAUCCUUGCGACACCAAACUGCAAGGAGACAUCGCCACGAGGAUCGAGAGUUGCGGUUACUCGUGUCGAUUCGAUAUUCAUAACGACACCGAUGCGAAGGCGGUUUUGUCGUCGAGGAUGUACACCAUCAGGCGAUUCAAUCUGGAGACUGGCGCGAACUCGUCGUUCAAGUUUUCGAUCGCUCAAAGCGAUAUGCCACCUGAGAAGGAGGAAGAUAUCAAAGAACACCGGAAGCUGAAGAAUAACGAGUACUUCAAGACCUCGAUUCGGCAAUUGUCUCGCAACGAGUACUUCUUCCCAUCGAACCAGUUGUACGAAUUUGCUUGCACGGUGUCGGGAUUCAUCGAGGACUUUGAAACACCGACCUCGAACAGUGCCAUGUCGAACAGGAUCUACGAGAAUCGAACCCUUUGUGCCUUCAAUCCUAUUAUACACAAGGACGACGUCAGUCGAGUCAAUUACUACUCGUACAAAUCGAAGCUGAAGAGCCUCGAAGCAACCGAAGAAGAUCGAAGCUCGAAGAAACAAAGAUAUCUCUCUGAACAAAUAGCCUGGACAGGAGGAAAGUUUCAGAACAUCACCUGUGGAAACCCAGAUCUAGAAACCGAGAAGAUCAUGCUGGAUUUACCGUUGUUUAAUUAUUCUGUCAGCUUGGAGCCUUACAAGACUCUGAACACGGAGGAUUGCAGGAAAAGGUGCAUCGUCACCGCGCCUCGCAAGGACAUGUGCUCGAACAUGAAUACGGUACUCGAGUACAACGUUGGCUUGACUUUCUGGAUGUAUUUCGCCAUCAGGGUAUUCAUCGGUGUUAUCGGUGGCACGACGUUCGCGAUGUUCGAGGGUGCAGUGAUCGCGAUAUUACGCGAGCAGAAAGCUGAUUAUGGGCUUCAAAGGAUUUAUGGCAGCAUCGGUGGCAUGAUAUCAUCGCCGCUCUCUGGACUUCUCAUUGAUUAUGCAAGCACUGGCAAAGGCUAUACCGAUUUCAGGCCAGCAUUUUAUUUGUACGCUGCUUUGAAACUGAUGUCUGGGUUGCUGAUGCUCGCUAUCAAUUUGGAAUUCAAAUCGCCGGCUACCAACGUAAUUAGCGACGUUUUUACGGUUUUGAGGAACAUCGAGGCCGUUGCACUUUUCAUCGCCUGUUUCAUUCUUGGAACUGCUUGGGGAUACAUCGAAUCGUUCCUCUUUUGGUUGAUACAAGAUUUAGGAGGAUCACGAUCGCUCAUGGGUAUCACCAUAACCGUAGGCGGUAUAGCUGGUAUACCAUUACUGGUACUAUCUGGUCCAAUCAUAUCAAAGAUCGGCCACGCCAAUGUACUUUUUAUAGGCUUUGUUUUUUAUGCCAUAAGACUUUGCGGUUACUCUUUAAUAUACAAUCCAUGGCAUACCCUGAUCUUCGAGGCUCUAGAAUCGGUAACAUUGUCGCUUAGUUUCACCGCUGCUGUCACUUACGCGGCUAAGUUGUCUACCACCACCACCGACAGCUCGAUACAAGGAUUAUUAGGUGGAGUUUACUACGGAGUUGGCAAGGGUUCUGGGAGCUUGAUAGGCGGCUACCUGAUGAAAGCCUUCGGCACAAGGCCCACCUACAGAAUCUUCGCUGUGAUGACACUGAUCACCGGCAUAAUGUACUACAUCUUUAACGUCGCGUACUUGAAGAAGCGACCGCAGGUCGAGGGUAACGAUAUCGUGAAGAAGAAGCCGAAAAAGGUGGAGAACCAGAACGGCCUCGAGAGCGGAAUCAUCGAGAUAGCGCUGGAAGAGAAGAAGCAGCGCGAGAACGACGACAAGAAGAACGAAUCGAAUAUCGUAACCGGAGUAGACAAUCAAGCCUUCUCCAACGAACAGGACAACGUGAAAUCUUCCAAGGACGAAGAGAACAAAAGGGUGAGCGAUAUAGAGGCUGUCAAUAACGCGAAGAACCUUGACAAGAUCGAAAAAGUACCUGCGGAAGAGAGCAAGAAAAAGUUGGGGGCGAAAAGGCUGAAGAACACGCAAAUCGACGAACGAGAGAGAACGAAAGAGUGCUCGAAACAAAAUGGCACGACGAAUCCGAGCUUCGAGAGCGAUAAUCAAGAUCGAUGUAACGUCACUGUCGAGAGGCAACCGGAAGAGAAGAAAUGAACAUGUUCCUUCACCGAUCUCUUCUCCUCUUCGUGCAGAGGCACAAAAUAUUUAUCACUGAAUUUCAUCGGAUGUAAAAACGAUGUACAUCUACGUAAUCUUAAUUAGGAGGAAGUUAGACUUUCCCUAAGAUCGCCACCUACAAUUCGAAGCUCCCCAUAGACUCUCUAGUCUCCCUUAGAAUUUCCCUACAGUUCACGUAGGACUA